ACAGCCCUUACUCUGUAUGGAGGCAGCAAGUCUACCCUGUGGCAAGUGAAGAGUGCAAAAAUCCACAUACUGUUAACAGAAUCCCAAUGGGAAAAUUGCCACAUAUGUGGGGACAAUCCUUGUACAUCUUAGGAUGUCUUGUAUCAGAGGGAUUUCUUGCUGCUGGUGAAAUCGAUCCAUUGAACAGAAGGUUUUCAACUAUACCUAGACCAGAUGUUGUAGUCCAAGUGGCAAUAGUUGCAGAAACUGUGGCAAUAAAGGAAAUCCUAGAGAAGCAUGGAAUUAAUGUACAAACUGUAGCAGAAAUUUUUCCAAUCAGACUGCAGCCAGCUCGUAUUCUUUCUCGCAUCUAUACAAGACUGGGUUACAAUAAGAGAAUGAUGCUGAGUGGUCGGCCUUACCGCCAUAUGGGUGUUCUUGGCACAUCAAAAUUGUAUUUUAUCAGGGAUGAAAUCUUUGCUUUCACUCCUCAGUUUAUUGAUAAGCAGCAGUUCUACCUGGCGCUUGAUAAUCGAAUGGUUGUUGAGAUGCUUCGAACAGAAUUGUCAUACUUGUGUCGCUGCUGGAAAAAUACUGGACGACCCACUGUGACGUUUCCAAUUUCACAGAGCAUGCUCAAAGGUGCUGCAGCCAGUGGUGAUAGUACUGAUAAGAAAGAAAAAGGAUCCAAAGGGGGUAAUGCAGUGAAGGUGAGGCAUAUUCUCUGUGAAAAGCACAGUAAAAUCAUGGAAGCUAUGGAGAAGUUGAAAUCUGGCAUGAAAUUUAAUGAAGUGGCUAGCCAAUACAGUGAAGACAAAGCCAGGCAAGGAGGCGAUUUGGGAUGGAUGACCAGAGGUUCAAUGGUGGGACCCUUCCAAGAAGCUGCUUUUGCUCUGUCCAACAGUACAACAGACAAACCCAUUUACACGGAUUCCCCUAUCAAAACUAAAUUUGGUUACCACAUCAUCAUGGUUGAGGGAAAGAAGUAAAAUAUAUUUAUUUUCAGUUGUCACUAUAUCUGUACUUUUGUUAAGAAACUGAAUCAUUUCUUCUUUCUGAAGCCCCAGACCAAUUGUAACAAGGAAUGAACAGCCUGCUGGCAGCCCUUCGGUAGUAUUAUUUUCACUGGCUACAAAGAUGAAUAUUUCAGGGUUACUCUUUUAUUCACAUCACUUCUGUCUUGUAAAAGUAACUAUGGCUUACCAUUAUUCAUCAUUCAAAGAAAAACUAUUGUAAAUUGUAUUUUUUUUAAAUUCUGUAUGUUGGUGAAAUAUAUCAAAAUAAACGGCAUGAAGUUGAA